AUGUCCGCUCCAGCACCAGCUCAAGCACCAGCUCAAGAAGGUAACAGAAACUUUGGUCGUUUCAACAACAGAAGAGGCGGCAGAAGAGGUGGCAGAAGAGGUGACAACGAAGAAAAAGGUUGGACUCCAGUUACCAAGUUAGGUAGAUUGGUGAAGGCCGGUAAGAUCACUUCUAUUGAGGAGAUUUACUUGCACUCUUUACCUGUCAAGGAAUUCCAAAUCAUCGAUUUGUUAUUACCUGAAUUAAAGGAUGAGGUUAUGAAGAUUAGAUCCGUCCAGAAGCAAACCAGAGCUGGUCAAAGAACUAGAAUGAAGGCUGUUGUUGUCAUUGGUGACUCUAACGGACACAUUGGUUUAGGUAUCAAGACAGCUAAGGAGGUUGCUUCUGCUAUCAAGGCCGCUAUCGUCAUUGCUAAGUUAUCUAUCAUUCCAAUUAGAAGAGGUUACUGGGGUUCAAACUUGGGUGCUCCCCACUCUUUACCAGCUAAGGUUACUGGUAAAUGUGGUUCUGUUCUCGUUAGAUUGAUUCCUGCUCCAAGAGGUAAAGGUAUUGUUGCAUCUCCAGCUGUUAAGAAGUUGAUGCAGUUAGCCGGUGUCGAAGAUGUCUAUACCUCUUCUUCAGGUUCCACCAGAACUACUGAGAACACAUUGAAGGCCGCUUUCGCUGCUAUUGGUAACACCUAUGCUUUCUUAACCCCUAACUUGUGGGAAGAAACUCCUUUGGCACCAUCACCUUUAGAGGUUUAUGCUGAAGAAGCUUCCGCUGGUAAGAGAAGAUAUUAG